AAUGGAUACAACAAAUAAUUCAGUUUGCUGUAAGAAUCUAAUGGAUAACAUUAUAACACCUUUCAAAGGCUUUAUAGCACAUUUUCAAAUCCUUAAGAUUUUGGUCAUUAAGAAUAACAAUAUAAAGAGAUUAGCAGAUUUUUCUUUUAUCUCUCAAUCAUUAAAAUAUCUUAAUCUUGCUGAGAAUUCUAUAAGGAGAAUUGAUAAGUUUACCUUUACUGGAGCAGAUAAUUUAUUCUAUUUGAAUUUGGCUGGAAACAAAAUAAAAUUUAUACACUCUCAUGCGCUUCCUCCUCUAACUAAUUUAGACUCUCUUAAUCUUCAAAAUAAUAAUCUGGGCCCAACAUUUACAGUAACUUUACCAGAAAAUUUAACAACAUUGUACGUUCAAUCAAAUAAGUUGAAACACUUCAAACCAGAAUAUAUAGGUGAAAAUAAUUUGCAAAUAAUUUAUAUGGAAAACAAUUGUAUGAAUGAAUUAAUCAAAGGAUCUAUAUUUUCGAAUAUAAUUGAUCUAAAUUUACAAAAUAAUAAAAUUGGAUUGCUGGAUGAUGACUCCUUUGCCAAUUUUACUUCUCUUGAACACUUAACACUAACUGACAACAAACAGCUAGUUAUAACACCAAAACUAUUUGCUCCUCUAACAAAAUUACGUAUCCUGGAUUUAGAAGGAAUUUCAAUAGCAAAUAUUCAAGUUAUGAUGUUUUCAAAUUUACAUCUACAACGAAUAAAAUUCUCAAAAUUCGCUUAUUGCCAAUAUGUACCUCAUGUUCCUAAUUGUUAUCCGAAAACUGACGGAAUUUCCAGUUUAAAAGAUCUCUUGGCUUUGGUAGUACUUAGAGUAUUCAUCUGGGCAGUAGGCCUUUUUACGAUAAUGGCUAAUAGCUUAGUAUUUGUAAGCCGCCUCAGAAGUAGGGAUAAAAAUAAAACUUCGGCGUUUAUAAUCAACCUUUGUGUUUCCGAUUUGAUUAUGGGCAUCUACUUGAUAAUGAUCGCUAUUUAUGACACACGCUUUAGGGGCGUCUACAACAAACAUUCUCUAGAUUGGAAAAGAAGCAGGGAAUGUCAACUAAUCGGAUCUUUAUCCGUUACGUCGGCACUGGUAAGAUUUUCUUUAGCCUUUUCUCUCUUAAAAGCGCUAAAGAACUUAUCAUGCGGGUUUAUACCUCAGUACGGAUUAUCACUAAGAAAAAAUAAAAGAGAGAGUUGCUGCUGUUUUAUAUUAAAUUAGUUAAUUAAAAAUAACACCAGUAAAUUUAAUAGUAGUAAAACGGUUGUAAUUGGCAAUCCAAUUGCUAGCCAUCUCUCCUGAUUGCUACUUUGGAGAGAGUAACAAUAUAACGUAAAUCGAUUUUUUAACUUGUCAAGCUAAUUUUUCUUUAUCUAAUUCUUCAAUUGCAAGUUAAAUUACACUUUAAAAUUUCAAAGAGAUACGCAAGAAUCAACAAUCAUGCUAAAUGAAAUAAAAUGCCUACAGGUUUCUAGUUUUGUUUUGACGUUUAUGUCAGUGGAACGCUGUAGCGUUAUAUCAAAUCCCUAUAGGAAAACCCAUCUAACUGUAAAAAGGACAUGGUUAGUUCUUUUCAUCCUUUGGAUUGUUGGAAUUAUUUUGUCCUUACUACCUAUAUUUUUGCGGAAAAAUUUUGGCUCAAACGGUUUCUACGGCGGUACCGGAAUGUGUCUACCUUUGUACAUUCAUGAACCUCUUAGAUCUGGCUGGCAAUAUUCUGCUGUCCUUUUCCUUGGCAUAAAUAUAGCUACUGUAAUAUUGGUCACGACUUCAUACUUGGCCAUGUUUAAAAGCGUGAGAAAAACUAGGAAAAAAUCUGUAGACCGCGGUCGGCAAGGAGAAGAUGCUGGAUUAGCAGCUCGCUGUUUUUUAAUUGUUUUGACCAAUGUGUUCUCAUGGACUCCAAUAUUUAUAGUAAAGAUACUUGUUUUGUGUCAAAUAGAAGUAAAUGAUGCAGCCCACACGUGGUUGAUCAUUUUCGUUCUUCCAGUUAAUAGUGCUAUCAACCCUAUUUUAUAUUCAAUAGCUUCUCCACAGUUUCGAAAACCUUUCAAGCGUUUCCUACUUUCAAAUAACGUAUUACGAGCAUUAUGCGCCAAAUGUAUAGAACUAGAGGGUUGGAGGUUUUCAUUAACUAAUGCUUUCAUUAAUAAUUUUUUCUCUCUCUUCAGAAGAGGCAACUGCUUCGAGAGAAACACAAUAUUUCCUGCAGUCCCAGUAUCAAAUUCGUAACCGGAAAUAAGCAAGAGAAGCUUUGUUAAUCAAACCAUAUCUAAUCUGGCUACCAGAAUACGCGUAGGAGAAAAAUGGUCCAUUUCUUUUCAAGAUAUGCAUUAUAAAUGUAUGUAAAAAGAUAUUUAUGUAAUUGUAAAAUAUUAGUAUUUGAUAACAUUUAACUAUGAUAUCCAGUCGUUCAACAAUUCGUCAUUUACAAUUCUAAAUUGUUUUAAUAAACUAAUAUUUUUACUCAUAAAUGUCGAAGUUAUUUAUGGAAAUGCUAUAUAAUUUUUGUAUUUGGUAAUGUUUCGACUAUGGGACUUUAAAUUAAUAAAAGAUAAUCUGUUUU